AUGAGAGAUCUUUUCCUGCAUUUUCUCUUCUCCUUCUUCUUGCUUUCCCAUGCAAGGGACACACUCACUCCCACUCAAUUCCUCAAAGAUGGAGACACCAUAGUUUCAUCUAGUGGGAGCUUUGAGAUGGGGUUUCUCAGCAUCCCUGCGGGUUCCAUAAACCGAUACGUCGGUAUAUGGUACAAACAACUCCCUGUUCAAACAGUGGUGUGGAUUGCCAACAGAGAAACAGCCCUAGCUAACACAACCUCGGCUGUCUUGAAGAUCGUCGAGCCGGGGGGGCAGUUAGUCCUCAUUGAUGGCAAGAAUGACACUAUAUGGUCCACUAAUUCAUCAAGAACAGCUCAGAAUCCUAUUGCAGAGCUCUUGGAUUCAGGGAAUCUUGUGGUGAGAGAUGCAGAGGAUGAAAACCCGGAGAAUUUCCUGUGGCAGAGCUUUGAUUACCCCACAGAUACCUUUCUUCCAGGGAUGAAGCUUGGGAAAAAUUUAGACACAGGCAAGGAGGUAUAUAUCAGUGCAAGGAAAAGUGAAAAUGACCCAUCUUCUGGGCAAUUCACAUUCGCUUUUGACCCAACAGGGUACCCACAAGGCGUAAUCAAGAACGGCCAGGAAAAGACUUAUAUAACAGGGCCCUGGAAUGGUCUACGCUGGAGUGGAAUCCCAGCAAUAUCACCUGCAAAUACUGGUUACAAAUACCAAGCCCACAUAAAUCCCAGGGAAUUUUAUUUCCAAUACGAAAUCGUCAACAACUCGUACUGGGCAAGGUUUGUUCUAUCCAAUUCCGGGGAUUUCCAAUGCUUUGCCUGGAUGAACGAGACCCAAACUUGGGACAGUUUCAUCAAAGCCCCAAUGGAUAUUUGCGACAGCUACGAUAAAUGCGGCGCAAAUGCGUUCUGUAACGUGGCUAAUUCCCCAGUGUGUGGGUGUUUGGAGAAUUUUGUGAAUAAUACUCGAGGGGGGUGGGAUUACUGGUCCGACGGUUGCCAUAGGAGGGUACCUCUGAAAUGCAAGAAUGGAACAGAUGGGUUCAACAAGUAUUCUGGGAUGAAAUUGCCAGACACUACACAUUCUUGGUUUAACACGACUAUGAGCCUUAAAGAGUGUGAGCAAAAGUGUCUGAAGAAUUGCUCCUGCACCGCUUAUUCGAGUUUAGAUAUAAGCAAUGGAGGAAGUGGUUGUCUGCUUUGGUUUAACGACUUGAUUGAUAUGCGAUUGCUGUCUCAGAACGGACAAGACAUUUACAUCAGACUCGAUUCUUCUGAGAUACCAGAGCCAGUUACGGAGGAAUAUCAUGCCAACUCCAAGGGCAAGAAAGUAAAAAUCAUUGUAGGUUGUUUGUCACUGCUAACUACAAUGAUCUUGCUAGGUUUGUAUGUUGGUUUGUACAUCUACAAAAAGAAUAAGAAGAAAAUGAUGAAGAUGAAAGAAUGGUUAGAACUACCGAUGUUUGACCUAUCUAUAAUAUCAAGGGCUACAAAUAGCUUUUCUGAAAAUAACAAGCUCGGAGAGGGUGGAUUUGGAGCUGUUUACAAGGGUGUUUUGGAUGAUGAACAAGAAAUUGCGGUGAAGCGGCUCUCAAAGACUUCCACGCAAGGUAUAGAAGAGUUCAAGAAUGAAGUCAUUUGUAUUGCCAAGCUUCAACAUCGGAAUCUAGUAAAGCUUCUAGGGUGUUGUAUACAAGGAGAAGAAAAGCUGUUGAUCUACGAAUACAUGGCAAAUAAGAGCCUGGAUACCUUCAUAUUUGAUGAAGCAAAGAGCAAAUUGCUUGAUUGGCCAAAGCGUCAUUUCAUUAUUAAUGGAAUUGCACGAGGAUUAAUGUAUCUCCACCAAGAUUCUCGAUUAAGGGUCAUUCAUCGAGAUCUUAAAGCUAGUAACAUUUUGCUGGAUCACAAUAUGAAUCCCAAGAUUUCAGACUUUGGAUUGGCAAGAAGUGUUGGAGGUGAUGCAACAGAAGCAAAUGCAAGCCGUAUUAUGGGGACACAUGGAUACAUAUCCCCAGAAUAUGCCGUUAAUGGAAUAUUUUCAAUAAAAUCAGAUACAUUUAGCUUUGGAGUUUUAUCAUUGGAGAUUGUGACUGGAAAAAGAAACAGAGGAUUUUCUGAUCCAGACGACUGUCUCAACCUUAUCGGUCAUGCAUGGAAGUUGUAUAAAGAAAACAGGGCGUUGGAACUAAUUGAUGUACAUCUAGCUUCAUCAUGCGAAUUAUCCCAAGUUCAAAGGUGUAUACAUAUUGGACUGUUAUGUGUGCAGCAACGUCCAGAUGAUAGACCAACCAUGUCUUCUGUGGUAACAAUGUUGUCCAAUGAUAAUAGCUUACCUGAAGCUAAACAGCCAGGAUUUUUCAUAGAACAGAAAGUGAACGAAAGUGAUUACUCUUCAAGUACUCAAGGAACGAAUUCAAGAAAUGAAUGCAGCUUCAGUGUCUUGAAUCCUCGGUAGAGCGCAAGCAAUAAAAUCCUAAUUUCCCCUUUAAGUUGU